AAUAAACUAAAUUUUUUACAUUAUGUCAAAAAUUAUUGUAGCCGUUAGUUUGAUGAUGAUGAUGAUUUCAAUGGUGGCAAUGGUACGGACUGAUGAUGAUACUAAAAUUAAUUCAGACUGUAAGUGCAAUUUUUUUGACGGUCUAUUUUGCGGUCACCGAAACUUGAUUACCGACACCAAAAUGUCUAGACUAUUAGGCGAUUGUCAACCGGAAGCCGUUUACUUUUGUCCCGGCGGUGAAGGAGUGGCCGAACUAAAGGCCAAGUGCCCGGGCAAGUGCAUACAAGAUGAUAAAACAGGCAUGGAUCAUUGUGCAUUUGUCUAAUUAAAAAUACCAACAACAACCACUUUAAAAUUAUCAAAAUUAAAAAUAACAAAAAAUUAGCAUGCUAAAUUUAAUUAUUAUAUAUUUAACAAAAUUAUAAAUUGUUU